UCUGACGUUUUAUGACUGAUGUUUGAAAAAUCCUAGAUCCGCCCCUGGCGACAUAUGCUAGAGCGUGCCAAAAAUCGAAGGAGAAUGCCUGAUUCUUUUAUUCAGUUAUUGAUUAAUAGAAGAAUAAUGGCAAUCAGAGCUGCGAUAACCCUGAUUCUGUGUUUACUCUCGCAAAACCCGCGUUCAACAUCAAUAACGCCUCGAUCAUGUCGGAGACUUGCUAGAAAUAAAGGAUGGUGGAAUCUUGUUUGGGUUAACUAUUCUGCAGUGAGAUUCAAGAAAACAUUUAGAAUAUCUCGGGAAACGUUUCUGUUUAUUCUUGCUCGCCUAAGACACGUACUCGAAAAGAAAAACAUAGUUGAACAGCCCAUUCCUCCAGAGGUUCGACUAGCUGUUUGCUUGUAUCGCCUUGGAAGAGGAACAUAUUAUUAUACAAUUGCAGAAUUGACUGGGGUUGGUGUUUCCACCGUAUGUUCUAUUACUGAUGAAGUUUGCAAAGCCAUCGUUGAACAUCUCUGGGACGAAUUUGUCAAACAGUUAAUGCCACAGUCUGAGCAAGAUUUCAAAGAUUCAAUGAUUGAUAUGGAACACUUUUGGCAGUUCCCUUGUUGUUGGGCAGCCCUUGAUGGUUGCCACAUUUCUAUAAAGUGCCCACCAGGUGGUCAGGAAGCAAACAAAGAGUCUCACAACUUUAAAAACUUUUACUCUAUUGUUCUUAUGGCAUUGGUUGACUCCCACUAUAGAUUUCUUUGGGGAAGCUGUGGCUACCCAGGUAACUCACACGACUCUAUUAUUUUUCAAUCCACACAGCUGUGGGCUAGUAUUCAGGAAGGAAACUAUUUGCCAGCAAUUGGGAAAGUAAUUGGUCAGCAAACAGUCCGGCCACUUAUAGUUGCUGACUCUGCUUUUCCAUUUACCAAAUGGCUUAUGAAGCCUUAUACAGAUGCUGCCCUUUCUGAAAGGAAAAGGUAUUUUAAUUACAGACUAAGUCGUGCACGAAUGGUGACAGAGGGUGCUUUUGGACAGCUUAAAGGUAGGUGGCGUGUGCUGUACAGAAAAUGUGAAAGUAAUAGAAAAAGUGUCAGAAUGACUGUCCUGGCUUGACUGGUCCUCCAUAACAUUUGCUUAAUGAAGAAAGAUACUAUCUCAAAAAAAUUGGAUCUUUCACAAGACCCUGGAAAAAGUGAAACGCGAGAUAGAGAUUCAGUAAGAGAAUUGCUACAAAUGAGAGCAUGUCCUAAAGUCAGGGAAACUUCCAAAGAAGCAGCUGAUAUAAGAAAUGCUUUGGUGGAAAAACUUUGGUUGGAGAAGGAGACUGGAGAAGUGGUUUAAUUUUUUUGACUUUUGAAAGAAAAAGGUAAUUUGCAUAUAUUGAACAACACAUUCAUAAAAAAUUAAUUUUUUGGUACUUUCUAAUUCUCAAUCUUAACUAAUGUGAUUAUAUAAUGCUUUAUUGUGCACAAAUAACAUUUGAUUUGAAAAUUUUGAUAGUAUAACAACAUAAAGUUUGUGUAGCAAUUAGUAAAAAAUAUCUUUAUUACUUGAAAUGUCUUUAUCAACAACACAACUGAAUUAUAAGAACUAAUUAAACAUUGCAAGUGCUUCAGGGCAUAAUAAAUGCCA